AGAUAAACUACAUAUCAUUGUUUUCUACAAUCACAUCUCCGUACCUCUUCCUUCAACUCGACGACCGUCGUAAAUAUAUACAACAUACUCUUCAUGGUCCAUCCUUUUCUUAUUUCUAGCUGUUAUACCCUUUUGUACAUUGGGUCUUUAUACAUCUUUUCAGUAGGAAGACCAAAGCCUGGUUUGGUUCGUAAUGAUCCCAAUGUAGUUUUGGCACGAUGCACCGGAGUAGUAGUUGCUUCCUUUCUUUCGUAUUUUUUGACCAAGUGGUUAUGCAACACCAAUUCUCUUGUUUUUCUCAAUUUAAAACAGAUUACAAAGUAUCUGUUUCAUGUAGGAAUCCUUUUUUUAGGACCAUUAUAUCAGACUUUCUUCGUUGAAAAAAUGUACAAGGUUCCUCUAAAGAACCUUCUUUUCGAAAUAAAAGAUCCAGUGACUUGGCGAAACCUAGUUAUUGGACCUCUUUCAGAAGAGCUGAUGUUUCGUUGUGCAAUGGUUCCGUUAUUUGAAAAAUUAGAUUACUCUUGGAAAGAAAUCAUUCUCUUGGCACCCCUUUUGUUCGGCUUUGCUCACUUUCAUCAUUCCUAUGAGCUUUUGCUGAAUUAUCCGGGAGCAUACGUUAUUGCAAUGGUACAAUUCCUUGUGCAAUUCUUCUAUACGACAAUAUUUGGAUGGUAUAGCACGUAUGUAUUCCUACAAACCCAUAGCUUAUGGCCUACUUUUCUGAUUCACUCUUUUUGCAACUUUAUGGGAUUGCCAGUAUUUUACGGAAAAAUUGGAACGAAAUCGCAGACGACUAUCUAUUAUAUUUUACUAAUUACCGGGCUCUUUCUUUUUGCCAUUACCUGGAAUUUGCUAUAUUCGUAAACUUCGGUAUCAAAUGGGUACUAUACCUCAGUAUUUUGGGGUUCUUUUGUUAAAAUAAAAAAAAAUUAUACCACAAAUAACUGUUGAUUCAUUUGUGAUUUUGCUAGACGACAGACAAGUGCACUCAGCUGAAGCAGUGUCUGCACUCCUUCUAAAACAAUCAUAUGCGUAGUUCCAAUUUCCUUGAGCAUUUCCAAACGGCUGAAUUCCGGUAUCUCAUUCAUUGUUUUCACAACACGAAACAUGUUCGUUACGAUGUCCACCGCGCUAUAGCCAAGACCCCAUAUGUCUCGAAGCUUUGCCAAAGCUGUAUCGACAUCUCCAGAAUGACAUGCUUGAAGGAUCGCAUAUAUCGCUACUGGGGACGGUUGGUCCGCUACCCGAAAAACAUUUUCCCCGUUAACUAAGUCAAAUCCCGAUACUGUACUUUGUAAAUUGUUGAUCGCUUGACGCAUAUCUCCUUCAGAAGUCAUAAUGAGAGCGGCCAUACCGUCAUCCGUAUACUUUACGUUUUCUAGUUUACAUAUUUCAAGCAAACGCUGCAGGACUUGUUGUUCUGUCAAUCUCGAGUAUCUCAAAAUAGCACAACGAGAUUGAAUAGGCUCGAUAAUUUUGUUGGACUGAUUGCAGGCUAAAGCAAAUCUUGUUGUGUUACUGUAAAUCUCCAUUGUUCUUCGUAAGGCUUGCUGUGCACCUGCUGUCAUACUGUCUGCUUCAUCCAGGAUAAUAAUUUUAUGACGACCUGGAGGAAGGUUCACCUUCUUCUGGGCAAAACCUUUGAUUUUGUUUCUUACAACGUCAAUACCUCGCUCAUCAGAUGCAUUCAACUCUAGUAUCCCCUCUCGACAGGCUGAACCCAGGAGCAUGUUGGCCAAGCAGAUAAUUGAAGUAGUUUUACCAAUGCCUGGCAUUCCCUUAAAUCCAUUAGUUGUUACCAAAACAAAAUUUGCAUACCGAAAUAAUAAGAUGAGGCAUAUUGCCAUCCUUAGCUAUCACUUUUAAACGAUCGACUGUUUCUUCAUUUCCAACGACAUCAUCAAGCACUACUGGUCUAUAUUUUUCUACCCUAUAUCUCAUGUGUUAGCUUUUUACAAGGCUAUAAUAUUCAAUUCAUCGUCCUUUCUCAUAAACCAACCGUUUGACUUGUCAUCCACCAAAGCUAAAAAAGACACGUUCUUCCUGCUCAAACUUACCAAGGUAACUCAUAUCGUACUGCUACAUUCUUUGUCCCUGAAGAAGACAUAACUGCAUCGCCCAUUUUUGCGCACGGUCUACCUCUGGGCAAGUAUUCGGUGGAGGGUGGACGCUUAAAAGUCCCAGCGUCAAGUAAUGUUACGAUACCUGCUUCAUCCGUAUAAAAGAAUAAGAAAAAACCAAGUAAAUCAGUGUGUAUGAAAGAGUUUUUACUUGAAGCGAAAAGCUAUGCAUCCGGGCUCAUCCAAGUUGAGAAAUCAGAGACCAUUCCUUUACCAUAAAUCAACCCUUGAAUAGAUUCAAGUCUGUUCUAUUCUUCUUUAUUUCAUUCUAUAUAAAAUAUAACGUUCCAUAAUAAGAACUACUGAAAGCCCAA